CAUUAAGGCCCACAAAGAAGUGCGAAAACCCUUAACGAGGAUAUUUAUAACUUCUUAUCUUGCUGCUCUCAACGAACUCUUCCCGGCAAAUAAACCGCCACUGUUUUCAUCUUCUCCAUGGCCAGUUCCGGCGAAGUUAAUUUAUUGGGUAAGCGAGAGCCAGAAGAUGAUUUGGAGACCAACCCUAUUCUGAAGAAACAUAAGGAAAAAUCCGAGGAGACAACGAAAGGAUUUGCUGAGAUCAAAGGAAAGGUCGAGUUGUUGAAGACAAAGUCUGAUCAGGCUCCACUGAAGGCAGUUCCCUCAAGAAAAAAGACGCUCUCUGUUUCCCAGGUCUCUUGCCAUACUAACAUAUCAAAUAUCAUCAAUUUCUUCAAAGAUGUUGGACAAGUUGUUAGUGUUCGACUUGAUUUAAACCGCGAGGGUAAGCGUUUGUCCAGUGGCUUUGUUGAGUUUGCUUCUGCCAACGAAGCAAAGAAGGCGCUGGAUAAGAAGAAUGGUGAAUAUUUGUGUGGUAAUAAGCUUACUCUUAGCAUGGCUGUGACAAAGGCUCCACGAACCAAGUAUUGCAUAGACCACAAGGUUUGGUACGAAGACUACCUUCGACAAGAAAGCCUUCCGAUAGAAGAAGAGGAGACAUCUCCCGAUUUUGUUGAGAUAGUUCCAGUAAGAAAAAAGACGCUCUUUGUUGCCAAUCUCUCUCCCCAAACUAAGAUGUUACAUAUCAUCAAUUUCUUCGAAGAUGUUACAGAAGUUGUUGGAGUUCGACUUGUUGUAAACCCUGAGGGUAAGCAUGUGGGCUAUGGCUUUGUUGAGUUUGCUUCUGCUUACGAAGCAAAGGAGGCGCUGGAAAAUAAGAAUGGUGAAUAUUUGCACGAUCAUAAGAUUUUUCUUGAUGUGGCUAAGACAGUUCCAUACACUCCACGACCCAAAUACAAUCUUGUAGAGAAGCUUUGGUACGAAGACUACCUUCUACGAGAAAGCCGUCUGAUAGAAGAAGAUGAUACACUAGAAGCACUUGAUGAAACUCACAAUUUCGUUGAGGCAGUUGCGGUAAGAAAAAAGAUGCUCUGUGUUUCCGGUUUCUCUCACAAAACUAAAAUAUCAGAUAUCAUCAAUUUCUUCAAAGAUGUUGCAAAAGUUGUUCUUGUUCGACUUGGUGUAAACUGCAAGGGCAAGCAACUUGGCUAUGGCUUUGUUGAGUUUGCUUCUGCUAACGAAGCAGAGAAGGCUCUGGAAAAGAAUGGUGAAUAUUUGCACAAACGCGAUAUCUAUCUUGAUGUGGCUAAGGCAGAUCCUCCAUACUCUUCUCAACAACCCAAGUAUUGCAUAGAUCACAAGGUUUGGUACGACGACUACCUUCGACGAGAAAGCCUUCUGAUAGAAGAAGAUGAGGCAGUGGAAGGACUUGAUGAAACUUCCAAUUUUGUUGAGGAAGUUACUUUAAGAAAAAAGACGCUCUUUAUUGCCAAUCUCUCUCCCCAAACUAAAAUAUCACAUAUCAUCAAUUUCUUCAAAGAUGUUGCAGAAGUUUUUAGUGUUCGACUUAUUGUAAACCACAUGAAUGAGCGUGUGGGCUGUGGCUUUGUUGAGUUUGCUUCUGCUAACGAAGCACAAAAGGCGCUGGAAAAAAAGAAUGGAGUAAGAUUGCACUUUCUUUGUAUUGUUCUUGACGUGGCUGAGAUAGCUCCAUACCCUCUCCGACCCAAGUACACCCUUGCAGAGAAGCUUUGGUAUGAAGACUACCUUGGACGAGAAAGCCUUCUGAUAGAAGAAGAUGAUUUGGAGACCAAACCGAAUAAGAAAAUGAAGCUCUUUGGUGUUCAUAAGAAGGAAAUCUUCCGCGUAUCUUGCGGUAAGAAGACUACCUUCUCUGACGACAAUUGAUAGAAGAAGAUGAAGCGCUUUGGUGUUUUUUGCUUGUGAUACAAUGCAACUUUUUUUGUUACUUCGGUUUUCAGAAAAUGUUCAAUAAAUCGUUAGGCGUCCAGUAGAAGCCUAGCACCUAGAUCAAUUAAUCAGGGCAUGGGCAUAGGCAUUAGUAAAUUAUUUACCUUUUUUGUCAUUUUCAAAAUUUUUAUAAGAAAACAUAAAUGUAUAAAAUAUGGAAUGCUGAAAAGUUACACAAAUCUUUCCA